AUGUACAGCGGGGGAUUCGUAGCCCCGGCAGGGUCUCCCAAGCUGAGAAGGAGUCUGGCGUUUCCAUCAGGAAGUCUAACCAAGAGUAAACCAAUACCAGGAUCCACCACCGGUAACAACCAUCGUCCUGUUUCCUACCAACAACAGCCGUAUGUCUCAUCUGUACAGAAGCCAUCUCGUCGCGGUCGCCCCAUGAAAGUCACCAGUACUUCGAAGAUGGCCAAGUAUGCGAGGAGUUAUCGAGAGCAGAAGAAGAAUCAGCUGCUCGCAUAUGAAGCUCGGAUAAAGGACUUGACUGAGGAGAACGAGUUUCUUCGUUCAGAGCAUAAGCGUCUCUCUGAGAGAUUUGCGCGACUGACUGAGCAAGUCAAUCGUCUCCGAAAGACCAUUGACAGAAAUUCUUACACUUAUCGAGAUCCUUUGCAGACUCCACAUUUUACGACCACCUAUCGUAUGGCCAACGUUGCUUCUUUUAAAAUAAAGAUUUGUAAGGAAUGUUGUUUUGUUCUGUAUGCCAAUGACGUUUUUGCGUCUGACGUCUAUAUCUUUUUUGGUAAUUUCCGUUUUUCAUUAUUUGUUUACAAAUUAGGCACAAGAACUUUGUUGCCGUUAUGUUAUUGCUCUGCGCAUGUGAAUGGAAAGUUUGUGCGGAAAUCUGUGUGA